AUCGUUGCAAAGUUGUCGAUCGAAUUUGAAUCAUAUCGAUAAAAAAAAAUUGUAACAAACGAGAAAAAAAGACACGCAAAACGUUCACAUAUAUAUAAAUCGUUAUUUUGAUAUACGUGAAAUGAUACAAUUAUUGAACAUAUAUUAUUGUGUCACACAAGCAAGCAUCGAAACGAUAAACAAUAAAACCGCAAACUAGAAAUCAUACAGAAAAAAAAAUCAGACAAUUUUGAACGAGAAACGAUUGCAAUAAAAUUGCUUGCGGAUGCGGAACUAGUUUAUGCAGAAUUCAGAACAUAUCGCAAUACAAUGACAUUAUCGGGACCGGGAUUAGCGCUUUGUUCACUAUUCACGCUAUAUUUCGGCGGUUCACCAGUUAUAUACUCACCAGCACCACGGGGUAAUUGCCAGAAUUGCUGCCCGAUUCGGGAGCCAAGGGAUAUUAAAUUUUUUUUAUACACAAGAUCGAAUCCAAUCAACGCCGAUGUACUUUAUUUAUCCGACAAAAAGCGUUUUGAAACAUCGAACUUUAAUAAAUCAAAUGUACUAAUUAUUUAUUUGCACGGUUUUUCGGAAAGUGUACCCGGCGGAGCUGGACAAAGUAGUCAAGAAAUGCGGGACGCAUUCUUAAAAGUAAAUGACUACAACGUUUUGUUAGUGGACUGGAGCCCAAUCACCGCUUUACCAUGGUAUUGGAAUUCUGUACAAAAUGUGCCGCGUGUUGGAAGGUAUUUGGCUCGUUUUAUUAAAUUUCUCAAUGAAAAUGGAGUGAACAUGCAACGAAUCCAUGUGAUUGGAUUUAGUUUGGGAGCUGAAGUGGCCGGAUUUGCUGGAAAAAUGCUAAAGGAAUGGAAUCUUAGUUUGUCAAGGAUAACAGGUCUGGAUCCUGCAUUUCCACUUCAUAUGUUCAUUAAUAAAUCGACGAGAUUGGGCGUGGAUUCUGCUGAUUUUGUUGAUGUCAUUCACACAGAUGGUGGAAUUCUUGGAUACCCCUGGCCACUUGGCCAUGCAGAUUUCUUUCCGAAUCGAGGUGUGCUUCAGCCCGGUUGCUUAGCACAAGAGAUAUCAAAAAAUCGAUGGUAUACCAUUGUGGUUGGCUGCAGUCAUCAGAGAGCUUGGGAGUACUUUAUUGAAUCACUCAGCCGGGCAAAUGCUUUUUUGGCAACCUACUGCGAACCAGCUACUGAACCAAAAUCGUUGUUGCCAAUAAACAAUCAAACCGAAAUAAACUGUGAUAAAAAAAUUUCAGCUUACAUGGGCUUCAAUGCAGAUACAAGGUUACGAGGUAAAUUCUAUUUGUCAACGAAUAGUGAACCACCAUUUGGUAAAAAUUGAAGCAGCGAUGAAAGAUUGAAUAACUUAUAACAUCAUCAAUCAAAUUGUUAUGCCAAUUACAUGGAUGACAUGACAAUUUCAAUUGGGCCUUUAAGAGUGGAUAUAGUGUUCGACUUGAAAAUUUCGCACUUGUUUUCGGGACGGGUUUUUCUGGUUGUUGUUGAUGUCACAUCACAAAGCAAAAUCAAAUUAACGGUCGAGCCCAAAGUUAUGCUAAAUUAUUACUUUAUUCCAAGUUGGAACAAUCGUCAGUCAUAUACUUUCUACACCGUAAUCAUUUCAACGGAUUUAUUAUAGUGAAAUGAUUAAUUUUCUCACAGUGACGAAAUGAUUGAAAGCACUUCCAUAAAAUAUAGUGUGUCUAAUUAUUAACAUUUCUAUGAUUCUGCCAUUUAUUUUUCAUGAAGCAAUUAGUUGAUUCGUAAUGGAUUUAUCGCCGUGUUAUCCAGGUUCACAAGAAAGAAAGAAAAAUUCUACGAAUUUGAAGUAGAAGAAAACCAAACAAAAACCAAUAUUCAAUACAAUGGAAAAGAAUCGAAGAAAAAAAAGUGACAACGGAGAAAACAAACAAAACAAAGUAUAUGUGUGUAUGUUAUAUGAAAAUAUAUUGGCAUUCUGAUACAAACAAUUCCAGACAGUUGAGAACAAUCCCAGUAAUGCUAUUAAUUUUUGAUCAACAA